UCACAUUAAAAUGCCUGCCUCUGGAAUCGUCGCUGGUGCCAACUCGGGCCACAUCACCGCUCGCCGCACGCUCGCCGCUCGCCCGGCGAACAAGAAGGGUGUAUGUAUCGAAGGAGAAUGGAUUCGUAUCCAUCAGAAAAUGCGGACGGAGCAAAAAUGAAAUGCAGAGAGAAUCCCAUGGGAGGAAUUUCGAAUUUGCAUGGAGGAGCCCUGGACAAAAUUGCUAAUCGCAUUUGCAUGCUCACACCCCUUGUAGAACACCCACUCGAAGCACAACGCGUUCGUGAAGGAUCUGGUCCGUGAGGUCGUUGGUUUCGCCCCGUACGAGCGCCGCAUCAUGGAGCUGCUGAAGAACUCGCGUGAUAAGCGCGCCCGUAAGCUCGGCAAGAAGCGUCUUGGCACCCUUCGCCGCUCGAAGGCUAAGGUCGAGGAGCUGUCCAACAUCCUGGCUGCCGCUCGCCGUCACUAAGUUGAGAGUGUCUUUGUUUUCUAAUAAGAAAUACGGACAUUACAUUGUGCUGAUUCAUCCACCAAACAGCCUCUGCCCCAUUCUGUGCCUAUGAUAUCCAGUUCAUUUGCGAUAUAUGUGGAUAGUCGUGAAAAGAGUGAUUACACAAAUUGCGACAGAUAGGUCUCUGCGACAAUGCGCGCCCUGGCGUUGA